AUGAGCGACGAUUCGACGGGCCGUCAUGUCUUGCCAAAAGACCUCAUGGAGAUGCAGCUGGGUCAGAUCGAUCUGCUGAUGGCCAUGUAUGCUCCAGACGAUGCGAUCUCGAUAAGAGAUGACUCGAUGUCCCGGGUCGAGGAACUGAGAAGUUGGUGCGAGAGUGACGACACGGUGCCGCCCCCAGCUGUCAAUCCUCCUAGUGUCAACCUGCGUUUGACCCUAACGCUGUCGGAUUGUGAUGGCGAUGAGUCGAAGGCACCUCUCCCACUGCAAUUGGACAUAUCAGUACCUAUUGUCCUUCCAGCCGGGGAAGACUCAUCCACGAACUCCCUGACCGAGCCUCCAAAAGUCAAGAUACGGGCAGUGCAACCAGAGUGGAUGAGCAGGGCAGAUGUGGCGCGGCUCAACGACGAGAUCCCCGACGAGGACCUGCUGACCGCCAUCGAACACGUCAAGGAAGCAGCGCUGGCACAGCUCGAGCAGUCCCAAGCCGAGCAGAGCACGAGCGACGUGGCUGCCGGCACCGCGCCCGAGCCCCUGGUGCGCGUCUGGUUCUACUUCCCCUCCAUCAGCACGCGGGCCAAGCGUGACGACCUGAUCGACAACGCGCCCAGGUACGGCCUGACGGGCUUCCUGUUGGCGGGCAAGCCGGGCGUCAUGUGCCUCGAGGGCGGCGCGAGAGCCAUCGACGACUACAUGCGGUUCAUCAAGACGGAGAGCUGGGGCGACAUACCGCCGCAGCACAAGAAGGUCAGCGAGCGGUACCGCGAGGCCGGCGCCGGCGCCGGCGGAAUCAGCCGCGCGUUUGCGGACAUGCGGGAGAUCACGGACGUGCUGGGCGAGAGGAGGGGGGAGCGGGCGAACCGCAACGACAUGAAGGCUCUGGAAGCGUGGCUGAACCAACAUGGUGUUGGCGGCGCUUUUUCCAAGAUUUUGAUCUGA